GCGGACCAGAGUUACUCUCUUCUCGCCAUGUAUCCAUGGGAACGCGAGUUUGACUCAGCCAAAUUACCCGAGUUACGGUUCUUAGGGUUAGGGAUUUCGCCGGAAUUAUUACGAGUCUCGUCGCAUCGGAGAUCUUUCGCGCUCCCGGCUUUAUCUCCCGGUGUGCUCUCGCUCCCGUAUUCUCCGGAAAACGUGCACACGUUACGCAUUUCCAAGGUAACGAAAACAGACGACGACAACGAGUUUUGAUUUCAUCGUCUCAAUUGCACGGGUUCGUGUGUCGUAGCGAAAAGGAGAAUUUGUAAAGUCGAACUUAAGCGAACAUGCGCGAGAUAGUACAUCUUCAGGCCGGCCAAUGUGGCAAUCAGAUUGGAGCCAAGUUUUGGGAAGUGAUUUCGGAUGAGCAUGGAAUCGACCCCACGGGAACGUAUCACGGCGACUCGGAUCUGCAGCUGGAGCGAAUAAAUGUCUAUUACAAUGAGGCGACAGGCGGUAAAUACGUGCCGCGUGCGAUCCUGGUUGAUUUGGAGCCCGGGACGAUGGACGCGGUCCGUUCGGGACCGUUUGGCCAGAUAUUCCGGCCAGACAACUUCGUGUUCGGACAGAGUGGCGCCGGUAACAAUUGGGCCAAGGGCCACUACACCGAGGGCGCCGAGCUCGUCGACUCUGUCCUGGAUGUCGUUCGCAAGGAGGCCGAGAGCUGCGACUGCCUUCAGGGAUUCCAGCUCACGCAUUCGCUAGGCGGCGGUACUGGUGCAGGCAUGGGCACUCUGCUCAUCUCCAAAAUACGCGAGGAAUACCCUGAUAGAAUCAUGAUGACGUUCAGCGUGGUACCUUCGCCGAAGGUAUCGGACACCGUGGUCGAGCCCUACAACUGCACUCUCUCGGUGCAUCAGCUGGUGGAAAACACAGACGAGUCGUAUUGCAUAGACAACGAGGCGCUUUACGAUAUCUGCUUCCGGACCCUCAAGCUGACCACGCCAACCUACGGCGAUCUCAACCAUCUCGUCAGCGCGACCCUGAGUGGCGUUACCACUUGCCUGAGGUUCCCCGGCCAGCUUAACGCCGACCUAAGGAAGCUCGCCGUCAACAUGGUUCCUUUCCCGCGACUGCACUUCUUCAUCCCCGGCUUCGCCCCCUUGACUUCUAGAGGUUCGCAGCAGUAUCGGGCACUCACGGUACCGGAACUCACCCAACAAAUGUUUGAUGCAAAGAACAUGAUGGCCGCGUGCGAUCCGCGACACGGUAGAUAUUUGACAGUGGCCGCGGUAUUCCGUGGCAGAAUGUCGAUGAAGGAAGUGGACGAGCAGAUGCUCAAUAUUCAGAACAAGAACAGCAGCUAUUUCGUCGAGUGGAUACCGAGCAAUGUGAAGACCGCCGUUUGCGACAUACCCCCGCGGGGCCUGAAAAUGUCCGCGACUUUCAUUGGCAAUUCUACGGCCAUUCAGGAGCUGUUCAAGAGGGUAUCGGAGCAAUUCACCGCAAUGUUUCGACGCAAGGCGUUCCUGCACUGGUACACUGGCGAGGGUAUGGACGACAUGGAGUUUACCGAGGCCGAGAGCAACAUGAACGAUCUCGUGUCCGAGUAUCAGCAGUACCAAGAGGCGACCGCCGACGAGGAGGGCGAGUUUGAUGAGGAGGAAGAGGGCGAGGGCGAGGACAAGUGAAGAUUGUCCCCCAUCUCCGGAAGAUGUUUAUCGAGUGCUCGCUACACCUGCUGCUUCCUUUCCGCUCUCGUCGCUUCUUUACGUAGUUAUAUCGUCCCACCCUCGUAUCCUCUUAGAGUGUAAAAUAAUAUGUAGCCGAGCCAACGUCGGCCGACAGCUUGUUCCUUGUCUUCCGCGUGUCCCCCGUCGUCGAAAGUAUAUUACGUGCAGAAAAUAAAGAAAAGCAAGAAAAAAGAUAAAAAAAAGGAAAGGAAAGAAAAAGAAAUUCCUGCUCCAUUUUCCCGCGUAAGAAGCACUCAUUUCUCUCGCAUCCUCUUAACCGCGUCUACAACACGGCGAAACGAAACGCGCGCGCUCUCUCUCUCUCUCUCUCUCUCUCACUCUGGGGCUUGCGCUUGGUUUCCGGGUAACCUCCGGUCGCUACGGAGAUAAUGCGAAAUGUACGUAUCGGGGAAACGUUUCCUGCUUCCUCUCCUUAAAGUAAAAGGAGCUACGCGCAAGCACCACCGACGGCGUUUACUUACCUUCGGUUGCGUACUAAGUCAAAGAGAGAAGGGGAGAGAAAGAAGGACACUUUUAAACCUUAAUUAAAAAUUGAAACCGAUCUCUACAUUACGUUCUACAUAUUUCAAACAGCGCAAUAUUCGCAAUAUUCUUUGUUAUUCAGCGACAUAUUCAUAUUAUAUGCUUCGCAAUUAAAUUUAUUACGUUUUAA